UCUAUCUCAUUCUUCAUCAUAUUUUCUUUAUUAUCUAAAUUUUUGUGAUGUCUUCCUCAAGAAGAUGUGCUAAUUGGAGUGUUAGUGAGGAUGUUGCUCUAUGCAACGCUUGGGUAAGCAUAUCCGAAGAUGAUGCGGUUGGCAUAAAUCAAACGGGGGAGAGUUUUUGGCGCCGAAUUUACGUAUCAUUUUCGCAAAAUUGUGACGUUCUAUGGAGUCGGGAUUCAAUUGAGUCUCGUUUCAAGAUCAUCAAUCACCAAUGUUCUUCAUGGAAAUCUUGUGUGCGGAAGGCGAGCGUAACCCCGACGAGUGGGUCAAACUUAGCCAAUUUGAAGGACCCGAAGACCGGGAUGUGGUACGCAACUUGCAAAUGGUGCGGGAUAAAAUGUAGCAUGGGGGUUUCAGGCGGAUACGGGAUGACAAUGAAGCAUAUGAAGUCAUGUGACAAAGCCAAAGAAUCGGGAGGUGCGG